UUGAACAGACGGAGAUCAGCCUGCAACGCGACGAUGAGAGCUGCUGCUGUUAACGAGCUAGUAGCAAAACAUCGCUGAAAAUUUCCUCGUAUAAUGGAUUUUAUUCCCUCUCGUUAUAUCAUUUGAAGAGAAAAAAUAUUUCCGUUACAAUUUAUGAACAUGAGUUCUCAUAUCAUCACUCCUGGACCGUACCGAGCCACAAAACUGUGGAAUGAGGUGACACGUUUGUUUCGGGCUGGCAUGCCCCUCAGAAAGCACCGGCAGAACUUCCGGCACUAUGCUUCCUGCUUCACUGCUUCUGCUGCUGUGGACUGGCUGCACCAGCUGCUCCAGAACAACAGCAACUUUGGCCCUGAUGUCACCAGGCAACAAACUGUUCAGCUCUUGAAGAAGUUUCUGAAGAACCACGUGAUCGAAGACGUGAAGGGUCGCUGGGGAACAGAGGAUCUAGAAGACAACAACAUUCUGUAUAGAUUUCCUUCAACUUCUCCUCUGAAGCCCAUUCCUUGUCCAAAUCCAUCCUUGACCUCUAGCUCCAUAAAGAAAAGACCUUCUUUCAGGGACAAGGAAGGUUUCUUCAAAUUUAGAGGCAUCAAGAAGCAUGAGAAGGAAACAUUGGAAAAUGUAGAUCCUGCCCUACAAGUACAGCAGGAGGGAGCAAACCAGUCUAUAGAAGAGCAGAAGCUCCAGAGACGGGAGCUGACACCAGAGAAUGAACAGGAGAUCUGGAGAGACAUCACCCUUACCCACCUGCAGAGGAUUCUGGGUGUGGCGUCGCUUGAUGAGGUUUUAAACCAGCGUUACGUAAACCCACAGAACAUCAUCCACAAUAUGACCAAGGUCAACAAGCACGGAGUUGUUACACUGGAUGACAAGACAAAUGAUCUUCCACACUGGGUUUUGUCUGCCAUGAAGAGUCUUGCCAACUGGCCAAAGUAUGACAGCGACCAGCCGUCCUAUCCCGGCUUUGAAAGAGACGUCUUCAAAACGGUGUCUGAUUACUUCUACAGCCUUCCACAGCCGCUACUCACAUAUGAACUGUACGAAUUGUUUAUCAACGUGUUGGUGUUUUGUGGGUAUGUCACCGCUCCCGCUAAGCUCCAGCAUGGGAAACGCAAGAAGUCAGAUCUUCCCGCAGUUCCUCCUCCAGCAAAGUCAUCGUUUCGCUCCACAGAGUGUCUCCUCUUGUCCUUGCUAAGGCAAGGCUCAUGCGAUGAGGUGGAAUCACCCAUGAGUGACGUGCUCGGUGGGAAACUGCAGUCACGGCUAGCAGCACUAAAAGGAGGUGGGGACAGUCAGUUAGGAGGCAGCUGCACCAGCCUCAGUACAGUUGGAUCCAUGAAACCUCAAACCAGGAGCUGCUCUCUGGAACUCCUCCUUGAUGACUCUGCACCUCUCAGCCAGCAGCAGCUUUUUCUUUCCAGUGACAGUCUGGCACCUUGCUCCCAAAGCAAGAAGAGCCAGGAUGACAGUCCUUCUGUUGCAGCACAGGAAAGUCCCUCAGACUUUACUUCUGUGUUCAAAACUAAUCAAAUUACUUGCAAAAACCAUCCAGGAGCUACAAUUAGAAAUCGAGUAUCUGUGAUAUCCACAACUGGAGUACCUGCUGCACAGAGGUUGCGCUCCUUGCGGCCUCGCAGCGUCGGCAGCUGUCUGGACAUCGUUGUAGAGACCACAGAGGAAGAAACCAAAGAAAUCAAGUGGCAGGGUCGAGCAACCAGCUGCCUCAACGUGAACACUCCUGCAAGCCAAAAUCACUCUUCCUCAGCUUUACAUCCAACCUUGUCCUAUCAGCCCCCCUCUUCUCCCCAUCAUCUUUUCUCCUCUUUUUCACCUGCUGCAACCAAAGUCCAAGGGUCCAGUGCUGCCACAGGACCCGGUAUGUCUAGAAACGCCUCCAGUACCUGUAAUCUUUGGACACUCCCUGCACCUGCUGUUGUCCGCCGCUGCCUCAGCUCUCUGGAUGUGUCCAAAUCUUCUCAGCCUGUUUCACUGCUCAAGCCUGUCUGUGUGCCCGCAAGAAACUUCCAGCAUUCCCAACCCAGUCCUGAGCACAGUGUUCUGCAGCCUCAGUGCGAGCGUGUAGCCAUUGAGGCUUUGCAGCUUUGCACUCUUCUCCUUCCUCCUGCCUCCCGCAGGAAGUUGCAGCUCUUAAUGAGGAUGAUGUCACGCAUUAGCCAAAAUGUGGACAUGCCUCGCCUCCACCCCGCCAUAGGUACCCGAACACUGAUGGUUCACACAUUUUCCGGAUGUGUCCUGAGCAGUGCAGAAGAGUGUGACUUGGACGAGCUUUUGGCUACGAGACUGGUGUCAUUUCUAAUGGACCAUCAACAAAACAUCCUCUCAAUACCAGAAUACCUGCUCAGUGCGAUCAGUGAUCACAUACAAUACCUACGUACAGCACAGGUCCCUGUCGACUCUGUUCCUAACACCGAUGAUGGCGAUCCAGUCUGCGUGCCGGUACCGAUGUAUGCCUUCUGCCGGCAAAUAAGUGGUGCAGAGUUCGAACAGCAAAAGCUGGAAUCUUCUCAGAAAGCCAUGGAAGAGUUGCUGGAGAUCCUGCUGACAGACCAAAACAUGAGUGAAAAGUGCAGACGCAAGAAACUGAAGCAGUUUCAGAAGCAGUAUCCAGACAUCUAUAGACGCAGAUUCCCAUCCUCAGACAGGGAAAACAAGACCAACAACCAGCCAAAGAUAAAACCCCCCCUCCUCGCCAUCAGGAAGACCAAAACAUUCGGCAUCAGGAGUUAAACUUUUAAAAAGCUGAGGGUCACUGCUCACAUUGCACUCCAAAUCAGAGUUUUUUUCUUUUUUUUAACUCUUGCAGCCAUAAAUAUUAUUUUGAAAAUGCCGUUAUUGGUAUUUGUGGGGGGGUUGUGUAUUUAUAUAAUGUGAAUAAAUGUGUGUAUGGUAACAGCUGAGAUUGAUAUUAGCAGACAAACAGAUGAGCUGUCUUUUAAACUGUUCCUGCUUUAGAUAUGAAGUUUUUUUAUUUUGUUUUCCUGGAAAAUGUAGUCACCGUAACCAAUUUCAUUUGAUUUCAGCUGGUAAUUGUUUGUUGAUUGUAUGUGUGUGCAUGCGUCUAAGGUUUAAAACAGAUUUGGGAGGAAAAUAUGCAAUUUUUACAUCCUUGUCAACGUGUGCGUUUAAGAUUUAAUUUAUUUAUGAUAUAUGGGAGCAUUGCUAGUUGUAGAAAUAUUUCUCAUGUAUUUUUUCCAUAGUUUUUCACUUAUUUUUAUUACAGAUGCUCUAGUUUUGCUUUAAAUGCCCUUCCGUGUCUGAGAAAUACCAUGUUCAACCUGAUCUUUUUCUGAGUUUAUUCUUGUUAAAUGCUUCUUUUUUCCCUUGCAUGCAUUUGUGAUGUGUUUUUAGAUUGU